AAGAUGGCUACAGGCACACUUCCGGCGCCUUCCCCAAUUAGCUCCGCCUUCAUUGCGUCUAUUAACUGCGCCGAGGGCGGGCCCUAGAGCUGGGCUUUGAUUGGUCAAGUUGACUGGCGACAAUUCCCGUGGUGCCUUGAGCACGGGCUGCAAGGAAUCUGGGCAAGAUGGCGGACGUGCUGGAUCUUCACGAAGCGGGAGGCGAGGAUUUCGCCAUGGACGAGGAUGGGGACGAGAGCAUCCACAAACUGAAAGAAAAAGCGAAGAAACGGAAGGGCCGAGGCUUCGGUUCGGAGGGGUCCCGAGCGCGGAUGCGAGAGGACUAUGACAGCGUGGAGCAGGACGGAGACGAGCCCGGGCCGCAGCGCUCUGUUGAAGGCUGGAUCCUCUUUGUGACGGGAGUCCACGAGGAAGCCACGGAGGAAGACAUCCACGACAAGUUCGCGGAAUACGGGGAAAUCAAAAACAUCCACCUAAACCUGGAUAGACGAACGGGCUACCUGAAGGGAUAUACCCUGGUGGAGUACGAGACCUAUAAGGAAGCGCAGGCUGCCAUGGAGGGGCUCAAUGGCCAGGACUUGAUGGGGCAACCCAUCAGCGUGGACUGGUGCUUUGUCCGGGGCCCUCCCAAGGGCAAACGGAGAGGUGGCCGAAGACGCAGCAGAAGUCCAGACCGGAGACGGCGCUGAGAGGCUCUCUAGGUUCCCUGGGGUACUGCUGCACAGGUCAUCUGACACCGCAGCCUUGGAGAAAUGGUCUGGGGUGGAACUUCGUUUGCAUAUAUUUAAUGUUUUCCUAUUUGCUUAGCCCUUUUUUUGAAUUACGAAUAAAUGCCCCAUUUUUGUUUUCUA